UCUUCCUGUUCCAGAUGUGGAAAGCAGCUGCAGGACACUCUCUUUCCAUCUCUGCUGAUGACACAGACGAUUGGGAGACUGAUCCAGAUUUUGUGGUGAGUUCCUAUCUACUGGAGGCCCUUUUUCCUUCUAAGAGUUUCUUUUUGUGGUGCCUGUACAUGGCCUUUUCAUAUUGGCUCCAAAAAGCAGGUCUGUGUUCUAAGUGAGUACCGUUCCUCCACCACUCCCAGUCUUGCCAAUGAUUCAUGCUGCAAGUAGCUCAGGAAGUGGCUUUUUGUGCAUGUAAAAUUCUUAUAUGGCUAAAGUGCUGAUAAUUUUUAUAGGGAGUUACUUGUUACUGAACACAUUCUAAUCAUCCUGAUUACUUAACCCCUUAAGGAUCAAAUGGUACACUUUGCCAGUCUAAAAUUUAGUCGCUGUAGACCUCAUAGCAGCACGGGAUGUUCUGCUUGCUUUACAUUGAAACAAUGCUGCACUUGGUUAAGGAGUAGAUCAUUUCAUUUUGCACUAAGGCUAGUAGAUAUAAAUAUAUAUUAUGACCACAGAGAUUAUUGGUCCUUUUAGAGGUUAAAGUUACAAAUUGCGUGAAAGACUAGUUAACAUUCAGAUGGGUAUAGACACAAUGUGUACAAACUGCUAUUGAAAUUAAUAGCAAACAUUUGGAUUUAUUUUGAGUUUUGGUUCCCACACACGUUGCCCUGGAGUGGAUACAUAGCCAGCCCUCCUGUCAGAGCUUCUGGGUAGUGAAAUCUACAAUCCUGCAUUUAUCAUACUAGGUGGAAUCUACAAUCUAGUCCCAGAAACCACCCCCUCCUGACUUUGCACAGCCUUCAAUUAACCCCUUAAAGGACUAAUGAUGUUACAGUGUUGCUAAAAUCACACAGUUUGGUCAUUAAUGGGUUAAACACACACUCGCCCCGCUGUAGCUUAGCGCAUGUUCAGGUGAGAUCUCGACAGACAGGGAUAGUAUGAAGCAAUUUAAUUUUUACAGGGCAGCCUCCCCUCAUCCUUGUUGGUUUUCUAUAACCAUAAUAUGCUUUGUUGAGAAAAAUGUGAAGGUGAUUUAUUACUCUGUGCUCUGCUUUGUGUUGUAUAAUGUAAAGAAUCCUGAUAUCCUGCCUGAUUAGACUGGUUUGAAAAAGGCUGCUUUAAAGUGUUUACAGUCUACGCUAAGUUUGAGUGUUAAAGGGACAGACUGAAAUACCCAAAUCACUUCAUCUUAAUGAUGAACAUGACCAGAAGUGUUCUGUCCUCUUAUCCAUACACCUACCUGCUACCACAGGCUCAUUCACAGCACUGUCUGAGAACAUGUAUCAGUUCCCUUAACUGUUUAUUCAUAAAAGUCUCAUAAAAUGUUUGCUUCCCAUUUUGAUAGUUAAUUGCCAUUUGAUUUACGUUUGAGACAAAGUUCAAAUCAGACUGGGAUAGUAUGAAGGAUUUUUUUUCUCUGCAGCUGGAUUAGAAUUUAUCGUGCUAUUGGUACGUGUUUCCAAUUGUAUUCUGCACCAAUCUUAAUUGAUUCAGUCCUCUGUGAUGACUACUGGGUUAAUAGAGUAUAAAAUAAACCAGGUAAGUGGCUCUGUCGCCUCAAACGUACCUUCCUACCACUGGUUUCUCUCUACUUCCUCUUUCAGAGUCUGUUCUCGUCUUAUUUCUCUUUAAGACAUAAAACUAAAACAAAGUGAGCGCCACUUUGUCUAACACAUUUUUCCUACACGUGACAAAUGUGUCAAAAGGGCGAGGCUUGCUUUAAACUCCACCUUUUGCCAGGAUUGCCUAGUGUAGGAAAAAUACAUAGGACAAAGUUGUCUGUACUUUUUCUUUUUUUUUUUUUUUUUAAGAGAAAUAGUAGAAAAGAACAGAUUCUGAGAGGAAGAUGAAAUAAUAUGGGAAUACAGGAAACCAUAGAAGGAAGGUAAGUUUGAGGUGACAGGUCCACUUUGAAAGAACACUCCAAAUACCAUAACUACUGCAGCUCACUCCUACAAGAGCAGACUGAAAGCAGUUGCUGUGGCCACUGGCACCCAGUGAGACCCAGUUGAGUUGUCAGACUGUACUAAAAUAGAUGAACUACAUACCGUGAGAUGUUGCCAUGGUUCUUCUGGCACCAUAACCACUACGUCAUGCUGUAGUGGAUGUGAUGUUUAGAGUGCUUCCUAAAGCAAAGAUUAAUGUUGAUGACAACUAAUUCAGUAGUCUGGGGUCCCCAGGUCCAACACCAUUCCAAUAAAUAUUAAUAUUGUUUAUAAGGUAAGGUAGCUCUGCCUUGCAGUUUCUAUGGCUUGAACAAGUAACUGACACUGACUUUAUUUUUGUUUUGAGUAGAACGAUUUAAGUGAAAAGGAACAGAGAUGGGGAGCAAAAACCGUAGAAGGAUCUGGUCACCAAGAACACAUCAAGUAAGUCCUGCUAUGUCUUGUAUUAGGCCAGGAUUUCAUUUAUCCCAUGGGAGCUCAGGGUAAUCCUAUGGGCUCAGUUAGUGUGCCCAGUUUGACCGGCUUCCUUCUCUCUCUGCUUACACUGUUUGCUCAGAAUUGCCGUCAAUGGCUGAACGUGGGAUAUGAAGGCCUCUGUUUUUAUUUGGAAAGUCAACAUGUUGGCUAAGCAUAUUUUCUCUGAAUUGCAUAGAUUGCUAGUUAAAACCAGUUUAUGAUACAACCAGUAAUGGACAUCACAGCAUUAAAGGGACACUCCACAGCCCAAACACAAUCACUGUUUAGCAGAUAUACCCCAGUGAAAACAUGCACACUUUUAAUAAUGCACUUUUUCAUUGGGGUAUAGCUAAAAACCGCUUACAUAACCUGCAGAUCUCUUGUCUGUUGCCUUUGCAAACCCUCCUCUUCUAACCCCUCCCAGACUUUCUGUGGCUGUCCAAUCAAAGACUUCCCAAUGCAGCUCAAUGAGACGUCUUGGCAAGGCAGGUGCUCUGGGGAAUUGCUGCCUUUUCAGUUUAGCUUCCUGAGCUAAACAACAAGGAAGUAACAGGUCCAAUUAUCUGAUUGAUACCAAGGUGGUAUCCAGGUACCCAGGUUAAUUUAUAAAAGUGCCAAGUUCUAUUGAAAUCUACACUUGUGAUAAAAUUUAAAACUAGGACACACUCUUCACACAUAACCUACUUCAGCAAGCUGAAUUGCUUUAGGAUCCAGAGUGUCCAUUUAAGUGUAAUAAGGGACCUUUGUUUCACCAAGCUCUGUGUAUUGACACCAUAUUGGCAACACACCCACUCAAUGAAUAUAUCCAUUCUUAACUAGCCACUCAUACAUACAUUAAACUAGGACCUCCCAAUCCAGAGCAUCGUCUGGCCUAUAGUGUAAAUAGAUCAUCCCUUUGUAGCCGUUUACUUAACACAAAAGCUGAGUAGCUGUGUGUGUGUGUAUGUAUGUAUGUGUGUGUGUGUGUGUGUGUAUGUGUGUGUGUGUAUAUAUAUAUAUAUAUAAAUAAAUAAAAUGACCCAUCCAUUUUCGGUUCAGGUCUGAGAGCUAAGGCAUAGACCUGUUUAUAAUUCAUUUGUGGAUUUUGAGUCAAUUUUCUAACACUGGAAUGAUGUGGGUGUCCUCUAAUGUUAUAAUGAAACUCUGCUUUGGUCUUUUGUAGCAUCCACACUCUGAGAGAUAAUGUAUCUCAGGAGCACCAGUCCCUGAAAGAACAUGAGCUGCACUCUGGACCACAAGCUUCUCAUGGUUAUGGUGGGAAGUUUGGGGUGGAGAAGGACCGUAUGGACAAAGUGAGUGGUAAAACUGAUGGCAGAUCAUAGGCAGUCUGUAAGAAACAACAGAACAGGAUAUGUUACAAUAUAGUCUCUAUAUAAACACAUAUUGCAGAGUAGCUGUACUGACAUGGAUCGGUUAGAAUGUAGAGUAACUGUACUGACCCUCCAUGGAUCGGUUAGAAUGUAGAGUAACUGUACUGACCCUCCAUGGAUCGGUUAGAAUGUAGAGUAACUGUACUGACCCUCCAUGGAUCGGUUAGAAUGUAGAGUAAAUGUACUGACCCUCCAUGGAUCGGUUAGAAUGUAGAGUAACUGUACUGACCCUCCAUGGAUCGGUUAGAAUGUAGAGUAACAGUGACCCUCCAUGGAUCGGUUAGAAUGUAGAGUAACCCUCCAUGGAUCGGUUAGAAUGUAGAGUAACAGUACUGACCCUCCAUGGAUCGGUUAGAAUGUAGAGUAACAGUACUGACCCUCCAUGGAUCGGUUAGAAUGUAGAGUAACAGUACUGACCCUCCAUGGAUCGGUUAAAAUGUAGAGUAACAGUAUUGACCCUCCAUGGAUAGGUUAGAAUGUAGAGUAACAGUAUUGACCCUCCAUGGAUCGGUUAGAAUGUAGAGUAACUGUACUGACCCUCCAUGGAUCGGUUAGAAUGUAGAGUAACUGUACUGACCCUCCAUGGAUCGGUUAGAAUGUAGAGUAACUGUACUGACCCUCCAUGGAUCGGUUAGAAUGUAGAGUAACUGUACUGACCCUCCAUGGAUCGGUUAGAAUGUAGAGUAACUGUACUGACCCUCCAUGGAUCGGUUAGAAUGUAGAGUAACUGUACUGACCCUCCAUGGAUCGGUUAGAAUGUAGAGUAACUGUACUGACCCUCCAUGGAUCGGUUAGAAUGUAGAGUAACUGUACUGACCCUCCAUGGAUCGGUUAGAAUGUAGAGUAACUGUACUGACCCUCCAUGGAUCGGUUAGAAUGUAGAGUAACUGUACUGACCCUCCAUGGAUCGGUUAGAAUGUAGAGUAACUGUACUGACCCUCCAUGGAUCGGUUAGAAUGUAGAGUAACAGUAUUGACCCUCCAUGGAUCGGUUAGAAUGUAGAGUAACUGUACUGACCCUCCAUGGAUCGGUUAGAAUGUAGAGUAACUGUACUGACCCUCCAUGGAUCGGUUAGAAUGUAGAGUAACUGUACUGACCCUCCAUGGAUCGGUUAGAAUGUAGAGUAACAGUAUUGACCCUCCAUGAUCGGUUAGAAUGUAGAGUAACAGUACUGAUCCUGCAUACAGUUUAUUGUACAUCUAAUUACAUAUAGUUUCCCCCCGCUUCCUCCUCCAUUCUUUAUUAAUAUAAUGAUAAUGUUUUUGUCUAUCUCCCUCUAUAAAGUGUUACCAACCUGUUUGGGAAUACAUGGUUAAUUCUCAUUCGUUUUGAGGGUUGAUCUCUAUUCGGGACAGUAGAUCAAACUUGCUGGGGAAGCUAAUUGAGGAUCAGGUUAAUAGGCUGCGCUGAGUACCGAGCGGCUCGUCUUAUCAGUGCUUGCUUUGCUGCUGUGUGACUGGCAGAUUGUAGGGGCCGGGAGAGUCUGCUGACAUCAAGCCAGGAAACAGACAUCGAUUUGAGAAGGCUGCUUCAAAGGGCCAUUGAAAAACCUGGCAGCUGAUUCAUAGCUUAAUGGGCUGCAUGCGGAGCCAGUUUAUCAUUCAGCUGCAUGCGCUUUGCUCUGUGUGUUUGUGUUAAGGAAACAGGAAGGGGUGGGGGAUUUUCUCCUAUUCCAGGGCUUGUCUGGCAAGUGAAACUGACUGUCCCUCUGACACUUUCCUGAUGUGACUUAUUAGCAGGAAUCCAAGUUUGGACAUUCAGAAGUGGGGAUUCUGUGUACACCUGUUUAUUUCAGGGCUCUCUGUAAAGCAGUCAUGGCUAACCUUAGUACUGCAGAUGUUUCAACUACAUUUUCCAUGAUACUUAGCUUGCCUAUCCAAGCAGGUGAGCGUUCUGGGAUAAUUUAACAUCUGACUAACGUUGGCCAUUACUAACUCUGUAUCCAGCACUGGUACAGCUAAAAGUAGUUUCCUUUAUAAGGAACUUUGCUAGGUUGUCUGCUGUUCCUACUGAUCGUUAAAAAUGUAUGGUUGAUACAUCUUCUUCUAACUGCCUCUGUGCUGGACAGAUUUAAAGAGAACACUGAUAAUGGAUGCCAGUCAGCCUGGUAUCACAAAUAACUUAAAAAAGGUAUUUUGUUUUACUCCAAUCCCCAGUCUGCAGUUGGCCAUGAAUAUCAGUCCAAACUAUCCCAGCAUUGCUCACAGUCGGAUGCGGUGAAGGGCUUUGGUGGGAAAUUCGGGGUUCAAACAGAUCGAGUGGAUCAGGUGAGGAUUCUCCUAUAUUUAGAACAUGGUUGAGUUAUGUGGGAGCCUUCACAUGUGUUUACAAGUUAAUGACUUGCCCACAUCAUAAAAGUACAGAGGAGAGAGCGCUAGCCCUGGGGCAUCAGACCAGGGAAGGGGGAUAUACAUAGAUCCACUCACUGAUGCAUCAGGUGGCUUGGCAUGUGUUGCUGUCAUCACUCACUGCUCAAUCGGUUGCACCAGCUUUUGCAUAAUGUUCCCUCUAAGCACAUUUUCUGACAGGUCCACCUCUGGUCCCCGCGUGCGAUAUCACAACUAUGAUUUGUAAUGCUCGCGUUACAAUUUAAUAAAGGGGGAAAAGUGAGUGAUCUGUGUGAUGAGGAAACUGGUAAGUUCACACCUCUCAAUCCUUAGUGAUUCUGCACAUAGCAAGCAUUAAAGACAAUAAUUAUUUCUCGUUAGUACAUAUCUCCACAGUGUGUUAAGGCUAUAUUUGUUACUGGCCGCUAGAUAGUUUGCAGUCUUCUGUUUCCUGUGCAAAACAGAACAGUUAUCACAAAAGAGCCCCCCCCCCAAAAAAUAAAGAAAUGUGGUUUCCAUCCUCUAAAUGGCCUCGUACCUCUCAAUGUAUGGGAGAGGAUUAAAUGUCAGAGUAGGGAUUUAGAGACUAAAGAGUUUCUUAAAUAGACUUUGCCUCAACAUAAACUCUAAAUCUUAAUGAAAAUACCCCAAUACUCUCUGUGUGCCACAGCUCAUCCUGCUUUGUGAUGGUAACUGAGCAUUGGGAUCCUUGUUUGUUGUAACCAGUAGACCUUUUUUUAAUAUGCGAUCUAUCCCUUUAUUGCAGUCUGCAAUGACCUUUGAUUACCAAGGGAAGACCGAAAAGCAUGCAUCCCAGAAAGGUAAGACCGUUUGUAGCACCUCCUGGUGGUAUUUUAAAAACACUUUUUAUUUUUUGCUGGGUAUGAUAUCAGCCUUGAUUUAAUAUUGUUGGAUUAGCUUUUCAAAUUGUUUAAUAUUUUGAAAAAAAUGUGUGUUUAUAUAUGUUAUAUAUAUGUGUAUUUUAUUUUGUACCGAUAUAUAUAUAUAUAUAUAUAUAUAUAUAAAAAAAUAAUUAGAAAAGCUUGUCCAAAGAUAUUAAUUGAGACGUCAAUCGGCCCCAAAAUGUGCUUGCUUCAUACUCCAUUGCGCGUUCAAUGUAUACCUUAAUCACUUUCUUAAUAUGUUUAUACACUCUAAUUCUAUUGAAUCCACAUAGGCAAACACUAUGCUUGCGUGGGACUUCGAUAAACUAGUAUACAAUGUAUGUCUACAUAUAGAUAUAUAUUCCGAGUCAGAACCUGUAAGAUCCCCUAAAUUGUUCUCUUUUGAACAGAGUACUCCUCAACCUAUUGUUCCUGUAACAUUUUGUAAUUGUCGCAUUUAUUUUUAAAUUUCCACCUUUAUAAUAUUUUAAUAGCGAUAUGGACUAUGUUGGCGCUAUACAAAUGCCAAUGAUAUCUGUAGAUAUCAAGCUUCAAUAACUGCGGAUGGCUGCGGGGGGUACUGAAUUUUAUAUACAAGCAAUAUAAACAAAAAUCUAUCUGCUCACUGUAUGAAAAUUAGGUAAACACUGCCUGGUCAAGACCUUCUCUAGUGUGUAUUUAAAACCUUAUUCACUGGCCUGGCUUGCCUUGGGACAAACAUCUAAUAUGAAAAGAUUUCUAAUGAGACCCGCACACCAUUAGACUCUAAAACCCACCGCGCAUUGGAUAUUGUAUUCACAUUGCAGUAUCAAGGCUGUGAAAUACAAAUUCAAUAAAAAGACAUUAGACGUUCAUCUUCCUUGGGCAGCAGCUUAGACUACUUUAUUCAACCACAAUGCACAAGGAAAAUAAGCCAAAGGAUUUCCUGUGAAAUCAUUAAAAUCUGUUUUCCUUUCAGAUUAUGCCAGUGGAUUUGGUGGAAAAUAUGGGGUGCAGGCUGACCGUGUAGACAAAAGCGCCGUUGGUUUUGACUACAAGGGCAAGACGGAGAAACAUGAAUCUCAGAAAGGUUUGUGUCAGGGUAUUGGGGUACUGAGAGAGUCAGGGGAGAGAUUGCUUAUUUCCAGGGGUUUAAUAUAGCGUAAAGCACUGUAACAAAGAGAUGUAUUAAUUUACUAUUUACUGAAAGCUAGUAUGAUUAUUAAAGAGGGCAAAGGAUCAAUACUGGGGAUCGACCGAUUAUCGGUUUGGCAGAUAUAUUCCGAAUUUUCUGCAAUAUCGGUAUCUGCCCUUUAAAGAUAUCGAUAUUGCCCAUAAUGCAGACCAGGACCACCGGGCCCAUGACAACCAAGACGGUUGUCAUGGGCCCGGCAGUCCUGGAGGGCCCGCAGCAAGCUCUUACUUGCCUUCCCGGAAGCUCCCCAGUCUAAAUCUUGCGAGAGUUAGACAGGGGAGCUGAAGGGAGCUGCUGGGAAUGUAAGGGAGCGCUUACUGUGGUCCCUCCACUGCACAGUCCUUGCCACUGGACCACCAGGGAAUGCCAUAUCCAUCCUUCCUGGCCAGGUAACAAGCAGAGAGGGGGGACUAAAACAAAAGGUUUAAAAAUUAAACCCCCCCCAUUUUACACACGUUACAUACCUACACAAACACACACUCUGCAUUCAUUAUAUACACACACUACACAAACACACUGCAUUCACUUUACGCACACUACAUAUACAUACUACAUAAACACACACUGCAUCCACUACACACACACACAUUCUUGAAAACAUAACUUCUGACUGGAAUGUAUAUUUUGUGCAUUUACCUUAAUUAAAAAAAAAAAAUUGCAAAAAAAAUAAUAAAACAUGUUCAGUUAAUAGUAGAUUUGUGUAGAAAUAGUUUUAUUUUUUCAAAACGGUAAAUGUACAGGGUAUCGAUAAGUUAUCUACUAUCGGCCUGAAAGUUCCGAGAUUAUCGGUAUCGGCUUUAAAAAAAAUCAAUAUCGGUCGAUCCCUAAUCAAUACAUUCUAAUUAAUUGAGAGAUACUUUGUACCCUGAUCGAUCCCCUGUGACUCAGGAAACCUCUUUCAAUAUAUGUAAUUACAUAUGAAUGGUUUGGCUGAGUUGCAAUACAGUGAGGGAGUUAUUGCUUUUACAUUAGCUAGCAUUAUGGGCAUUGAUAGCAUAGGGAUUAUUUUCUGAUCUGCAAUACAAUUCUCCGUAGCUAUUUUUAUUUUCCCACAUAUAGUAAUUUGUUACUGGAACGUUAUUUCUGUGAUUAGAUCUUUGAUUUUGACGGAUUUGCCUGAUAUCCUUAAAUGUAUUCAUUUUUAGAGCUGUUUGAAUGCAUCUAUAUAUUUAUAUUGUGUAUAUUCUCACGUAAAAUUAUUGUAUAUUUUUAAAUAUAUCACAAUUUUUUUUAAUAAAAUAUCACUUUCUCAGAUGUAAUCUGGCCAGUCUUGUGCUUGUUUCCCAGAUUAUACUACUGGAUUUGGGGGAAAGUUUGGCGUGCAGGCAGAUCGUGUGGACAAGAGUGCCGUUGGAUUUGACUAUCAGGGAAAGACUGAGAAACACGAAUCACAGAUAGGUCAGUAUCAGCUUGUCGGAACUUUCCAAACAAGAUCAUCUGCCUACAUUGACACAGUGUGCAUGGCGAGAUCCGUAUUAUUGUACCCUUCACUAAUAAUGGCACUCUUGGUAAAUAUGAGCAAAGAAGGCUGAGAAACAUGGUCUUUGUUGUUUAAACCUUUUGCUCUUUGUUCGAAUAAUACAAAAAAAUACUCUGCUCUCAUUGAUAUCAAACAACUGGAAACACAACACAGGUUUAUUAAGAAAAGAAAAAAAAUAGAAACAUAGAAUGUGACGGCAGAUAAGAACCAUUCGGCCCAUCUAGUCUGCCCAAUUUUCUAAAUAAGAUAUAAAUGUAUGUAUGUGUGGCACAAUUAUUGGCACCCUUUUAGUCAAUAUUUUGUACUACAUCCCUUUGCAAAGACAAGAGCUCUGUGUCUUCUCCUGUAAUGUUUGAUGGAUUGGAGAAUACAUGGCAAGGGACCGGAGACCAUUCCUCCAUACAGAAUCUCUCCAGAUCAUUCAAAUUUCAAGGUGGUCGCUGGUGGACUCUCCUUUUCAGUUGACCCCACAGGUAUGCUACGGGGUUUAAGUCAGACAUGGCCGGGGUAGGAACUAGAUUUUGCGGUCAAUAAACCAUUUUUGCGUUCAUUGUUUUGGAUCGUUAUCUUGCUGGAAGAUCUAACCACUGCCCAUUUUAAGCUUUCUGGCAGAGGCAGUCACGUGUUCAUUUAAUAUCUGUUGAUAUUUGACAGAGUCCAUGAUGCCAAAUAACCUAAGAAAAUGUCUAGGUCCUAUGGCAGAAAAACAGCCCCACCUCCAAAUGAAACUUUGGGCAUGAAGUAUUUAUCCAUAUGGCUACCUCUCUGUGCUUGAUUUUAGGUUUAAUCUGAUCAUAGAACCCAGUCCCAUUUGAAGUUCCAGUAGUGUCUAGGAAACUGAAGACCCUUGAGUUUUUGAUGAGUAGAGUUCUUUUCUUGAAACCCAUCCUAACAUCUUGUGAUGAUGUAGUUGAUGUUGGAUUGUAGUUUUGGAAACUUUUUGACCCGGAGAUGCUUCUGCAGUUCUCCAGCUGUGAUCCUUGGAGAUUUUUUGGCCACUUGAACCAUCCUCUUCACAGUGCGUUGAAACAAUAUAGACACAAAUUGUCUUUCAGGUUGAUUCAUGGCAUUUUCGAAUGACUAGAACUCCUUAAUUAUUUCCCUGAGUGUGGAAACUGGCAUUUUCAAUGCUUUUGCUAUUUUUUUUACAGACCCUUUCCAUUUUGUGAAGCUCAACAACCAUUUUUUUUUUUUUUUUUUCAACACCACAUUUUCACAGCCUUCUUAGCACAUAUUCAUCAAGGGUGCCAAUAGUAGUGGAGGGAACUGUAAAUCUGAACUUUGUAUGAUCACAUAAAAAGUGUGCUCAGACCUUGCAAAUGGUUAUUCUAUGACUUUGAGGAUCAUACAUUCCGUUAGACGCUCACCCAGUCUUCACUGCUUCAAAAAAAUCAUUAAAAACUCACUUUUUCACAAGAGCAUAUCAAUGAAACUGUUAAUGGCUCCAAAAAAACGAACAUUAAGUCAUUGGAUACUAUUCUACCAAUCUACUACCCUAAUACUUCCCUUACCUUUUAUGUCACUAUACCCCACUUCCUCUAGCAUGUAAGCUCAUUGAGCAGAACCCUCAACCCCUCUGUUCCUGUGCAUCAAUCUUGACUGGAUACAACUACAUGUCUGUUCGUCCACCCAUUGUAAACUAUAUUUUUUGCUUUAUUGUACCAUGCAGAAAAUGUUCGCAGGAAAUUGUUUUGACCACUGUUUACCUUUCAUAUUUGACUUUUUAUUUAUUAUUUGUAUUAUACUUAUUAUUAGUAGUAUUAUUAUUAUUAUUGUUGUUGUUGUUGUUUUUAGUUAUUUUGUAUAAUGGCUUUCUUUUUUAGAUUAUUCCAAAGGCUUUGGCGGUAAAUACGGUGUUGACAAAGACAACGUGGACAAGAGUGCUGUUGGGUAUGAGUACCAGGCCAAGCCGGAGAAACAUGAAUCCCAGAAAGGUGUCCUGACUUUUAUCUUUUCUAAACCCUGCUUUCUGUAAUGCCAGUUAAUCACAGAGCGAUACUGUGCUGACGAUAUGGUAAACAAGUAAGGACGUCCAGACAGACUAAAGGUUGUUCUUUCCAAGCAGAGCUCAGGGCGGAAACUAGAAACGUCCAAAUAGGUUAGGGAAUUAGUUUGGUUGGGAAUUCCGCAGAAUUUUUAAAUGCUCAUUUUUUUAUUUUAUUUUUGUUAGAUUCCAUAUAACAAUUUAUUGUUAACAUUUUAAAAACCUGUGUGAUGUCACCAGAAUAAUUUUAUUUAUGUAGUGUGUGUUUGUGUGUGUGAACUCAUUUCAUACAAUGCACGUAUAGUUGUUUAGUGGAAGGAGCUAACACGUCUUGUUUCAGACCUAAUGUCUGGGUAAUUAUAGAACUAAUGAUGGCAGCAUUCAUAUACGCACAUUUUCUUUCUUUUAUGUGGGAAUGUCCUGAUCCAAUGGUCAAGACUUAAACUAGCUUUAUAAGCCCAAUACAAACAGGCCGAUGACACUUCCUUUCCAUCUGAUUCACACAAGGCAAGCCAUAAUACACCCGGCCACUAAGAACGACUAUUGUGCUUUGAGUCAGCCGCCGAUUCAUUUUUAAUUUAGUCUGCGCAGUUUGAGGCUUGCUGCUAGUUACCAGGACAAAUAUGGCUUUGCUAAUAGUCAUUGCCACAUGGUCAAUCAACUUGCCUGAAUUCAGGUUGAGCUUUAAAUCUUAAGGUCACAUGACAUUGGGGUAUGAUAUACCGUUUUAGCACCAACACUUUAAUUUUGGGCAACAAUUGCCGUGUGAUUGUCAAAAAUGUGCCCCUUCAUCAUUUUGACUUUAGUCUGCCCACAUCAAAUGCUGCCAACAUUAGCUCUAUGUAAGGUCUGCAGCUCUGGAUCUUGCUUAUAGGGUAAAGGUAUUCUAAUAUGUUCAUUUGUUGCAUGUUGUGCAGGUUGGGGUUAAAGUAAUUGCUGUUAACAUGCAUGUUUAGAACAUACAUGUGAGUUCCCUUUUCCUGGGUGUUUCACCUCUAUAUACUGUGACCUUAUGGAUGUUUAUCAUUAAACGGAGUUAACACUCUCUGCUGCUGGGAAGUGCUGCAAACCUUAUCAAGACCUUCCUGGCAGUGAGACCGUUAACACGGUAUUAAACCAUUUAAAACCAUUACCCGAUGACAAACAGCUCUUCUGCCGGGUACGUUCAAUGUGCUGUUUCAUCAUGGCCGUUUCUUGUUUAAUGGCUCGUGGAUUUCUGUGUGUAGACUAUGUGAAAGGGUUUGGAGGAAAGUUUGGUGUACAGACAGACAGACAAGACAAGUGUGCGCUUGGCUGGGAUCAUCAAGAGAAACUGCAACUACAUGAGUCCCAAAAAGGUACCUCCUACUGCGAUGAACAUUCUCUGUGUCACAUGGUAAUCUAGUGGUCUGUCUUUUCCUUUCUAACAUUCUGUAACUGAUACAUUACUGGCUAAUUCUUUCACCACUCUGGGAAUCUCUGCAUCCUAUCCUGUGGGUUUUCAUACUAACAUUUACAAAAAAUAACGUAUACUACUGGGAUUGCCAGGAACAUUGUGGGGAUUUAUAUUGGUAGAACACUACUGGAUUACACCUUCAUUAUGCCCAAACUGGUCAAGCAGGGCUUGGUUUGCAAAUUAAUUCUGAUUGCAGGGAAGGACAAUGACACUUCAUGUCAAAUCUCAUUCAAUGGACUUUAAAAAUAAAUACAAUUCAGGGUCAUUUAAUCUUAAUUUGCAUUUUUAUCAGUGUUUAAUAAUUACCUCUGAAGGAGGAAUACAUCCCACUAGAAUAGGGCAAUAACUCAACUGAUUUCAAUAAACACCUGAGAUGGAAUAUAAGAAAAUGAUGCUUUGCAGAAAUGGUAGUAGAUACCUUAAAUAGUCUUCCAGUGGAAAUGGUAAAGCUAAGGUCGUAAAUGAAUUGGGGAAUACUUUGGAGCUUCAUAAGAUUAUCCUGGAGACGAAAUCAGAAUAACGGGUAGAUUUUAUGCCCAAUCAUCUUUUAGAAAAUAAGCCUGCACAUUCAUUUAACUCUGGUUUAUCACUGGGCUGAUAUGCAAAGUUCUCCAUGGUUGAGAAACGCAUAUUGAAGGGCCUUUUAAAAAAGAGUUUGACUCUGUGUUACAGUGAACCUGUCAUUAAUGUUGUGGUAGGUUCACACUUAGGUAGUUAUAAUCUAUGCACUCUCUUUGCAAAGUCGCCUGCAAGGGUAUAGUUUCAAAUAUGUACUUACCUUAAACGAUUUCUACCGCGUACAGCGUGGCAGUCUGUAUGUGACGCUCAUAUUGCAAAUUGCACCUUCCAGUUCCUAGUUGGCAGAUGCAUAUAGAGAACUGCGACGUGACCAUCAAUCAGAUCCUCAGGAAGCCGUUCAUGGCAUCCAUGGAAUGCAGUCUUUACUGCCAUGCCUGCGGUCAGAACCUAUACAAUUAAGCAUGUCUUUGUCUUUACAUUGUGCUAGCAGUUUUGCCGGUAUAAUGUUUUGAUGAAAUAUAUAUGCUCUUUGAAGUCACACCACGUCACCCCGGGCAUGACCGGUACACUGUGAUCUCCUAUUUGUAGAAAGCGCAUCGGCCUUUGUAAAUUGUUGGGGUCUCUGACCCACGUUCCAGCAAUCUCAUGCAGGAAACGUAUCGCUGCACUGAAGAUGGAUUCCUAAAUUGUGUGUAAUGAGAAGUUUCCAGCCCCAGUAAAUCAGCCGACAAAGGUCACAGCGAUGCCUCCCGGACUUAUUACCCAGGUUAUUGCAUGGCUAAUUUGAUAGAUGUGCAGCUAAUGACUUGUUCUGAUGUGUGAAGCGGGCUUUGGGGUAAGCGAUGCAGCAGAUCAUUAGUUACUAUAUCCCUGUCCCUUGAACUGGUCACGCAAUCAGCACUUUUAUACAUCUUUAAAUAAAUGUAUAAUGACCUAAAACUGCAGACCUGGGAUGAUUUUAAUCCUGUGAUUACCCUAGAACACGGAGGCGGCCAAUUUAUUGUACAACCCUCUGGCACCCAAAUGGUUAAUGCAAUAUCUUAAAAUCAGCCACUUUUUACAUUAAAAGAUGUUCAAUCUUUAUAAUUCCUUACCGAUGUUUCACACAUUGUUAAAUCAACGGCCUGAUAACACAUCGAUACAUUUCUUAAUUGUAUGGUCAGAAAAUAAGACAAAUGUUCCAUUUUGCACUUCUUAAACCUGUGGUCACUGAUAAACCAUUGUGUAAAUAGGUUUAUUUUGUUUGUCUAAAGAUGUCCAUCAUCUCUUGGGAAUUUAAGGACCAUAACAUGGGAACAAGCUUGGACCUUGAUUUGAUAUUGUUAGAUACUCUUUUCAAAUUUGUAAUAUUUUUUUUUAUAUGAUUCUCGCAUACAAGACCUUAGUUGGUUAAUGAUCCAAUGGUAUUUGAUACUCAGGUACAGAUCGAUUUUCAAGAAGGUUGUCUCAGCCUUUCAUCUGUGUAGGUCCAUAAGUUGAUGUACUAAAUCUUUAUCCCUAGAUCACUCUGACCAGUGGUAUGCAGUAUCACCUCAACUUAACCCUUCGUUAAUUCUCCACAUUUCCAGCUUCAGAGUAAUUUUAUUGGUACAGCUGUCUGUUUUCCCCCAGCUAAAGAGAGAGUCCCAGCCCCAGCUCUCCGCGCCCAAGACAAUUACAUGCCCCCUAUAUUGACUCUUCAUUUCCCAGUUUGAGUCCCCUUUUGUGUCAGGGCUUGUAUACAAGUCACACGUAAAUAGGAUUUCAGUUCCAUAGUACAGUGUAUUAAACUUCUCUGCAUAUAAAUAAAAUGAUGGCAGCAAAAUGUAGAACACAUUUUGUCACCACUAUUACCUCUUUAACCCCUCAAGGACACAUGACAUGUCAUGUUUCCCUCUUAUUCCAGAAUUUUUGGUCCUUAAGGGGUUAAAGGACCACUAAAGUCACACAGGCCAUUUAAUCUCAAUGCAGGGGUUAGUCCUUUUAACCCUGCGAUAUACACAUUACAUACAUUUCAGGGAAGACCCCCAUAAAAAGCAUUGAUUAAAUACUUUCCUAUGGGGAGGCAUGGAUGUGUGUGUGCUGUAUGAGAAGCAUUGGAUUGGACCACACCGGAGAAGCCAUGCCUCCUCCAUAAUGUUGUGGGAGGCGGAGAGGUAAAAAGCUCCAAAAGGGCUUUGGCUCUGGAAUACUUUUUCUUUUUCUUAAUUUUUAACUGCAUUCAGGGUAACCUGAACAUACAUAGGGACAGGGACUCUCUAUAGUGUUUGGAAAACAGGGGGUGAGGGGAUCGCAGCACUUCAGUAAUCCUUGAUAAAGAUAUAUGUGGAGAGAACCAGAGAAGAAAUAAUAGUAUUUUUUUAAACUGUAGUUGUGAUAGGUAAGAUAAAAGAUGUGCACUCACACUUUUCUGGAGCUUCAAUACAGCUCCAGUGUAUGCGCCUGAGCGGAGUAAUCCCCAUAUGGAUCAAGUGCAGAGGUAAUUCUUCGAAUUAUAGGUGUAGUAGAGGGUAUCCUCGUAAAAAAAUAAAAAUCAAAUAUGGUGAAGUAUGUAGAGCUAUGGAGCAAGGGUAGGUAAAAACUAUAAAAUGUACACUCAUUUGUAAAGGAAAACCUGGCUCCUCUGAUGAUGCUUGAAGUGGCAUGAUCCCCACUCAAGGAUAGAGGUGUAAAUAUAAAUUCUUCAGUCUGUGUAUAUGAGAACUUGGUAACCCAUUACGUCUUCCUACAAACCGAUACUUGUGUGCUUUAUACCAUUUCUUCCAGAAGGCUAUAUCUGGUCUCUACUACCUUUUUGUAAAUCAGUAAAAUGCUACAGAAAGAGUAUGGAUUUAAGGUGUUGCGGUUUCCUUGAACACCUUGUAUCAUUUAAUACAUUGAAAUUAUGAAAUAUUUUAUCUUACUAUAAAUUGGUGGUAAUACAGUAAAUAACACAUUUAUCAAUGAUUUCUUUCAGAUUAUUCUAAGGGGUUUGGUGGAAAGUAUGGUGUACAGAAAGAUCGGAUGGACAAGGUACCUGAGCGUGAUCUAAAUUAAUUCCAGCAUGUCAAUCACUGACCAAUACUCAGAGGUUUAGUUUUAAACUGUACCUUUUAUUAUACAAUGUUUGGUGUAUCUGUAACGAGGUUAGUUAUUUUAUGAUGGUUUUAAUCCCUCUUAAAUAUAGUAAAAACUUGCCUUUUUUCCAAGACCGUGCCCCAGGGUUAGCUCCACCUCCAAUCCACCUCCUUGGCUGAGAUCCUCAGGAUUGAUCAUCUCGUCCAAUCACAAUGGACCCAUAGGAAAGCAUUGGAUUGACUAAGAUCGUCAAUUAUGAUGAUCUAUGCUAAGGAGGCGGGACAGGGCAGAGCCAAAGGCAGCCCUAAUCAAUCAGCAUCUCCUCAUAGAGAUGCAUUGAAUCAAUGCAUCUCUGAGGAAAGGUUAGCACCUCCAUGCGGAGCGCAGCACUGACCCAGGAAGCACCUCUAGUUGCUGUCUGAGUGACUGUCACUGGAGGUGUCUCUAGUUAGUAAAGUAAGCACAUUUCUCUGAAAAAGCAGUGUUUACAUUAAAAUGCCUGCAGGGACUGACAAUAUUCACCAGAACAACUACAUUAAGCUGUAGUUGAUGUGGUGACCAUAGUGUCCCUUUAUAUAUACUCCUCCUACACAAAGUGGUCACCCUAUAAUGUUUAGUAAGUGUUCCAGUUGCCUCUCAGUGCGUUCAUUUCAGAAUGCCACACAUAAAGGCACUUAUUGUAGCUGCCUCAUUUGUUGUUUUAAACUCUAUUUAUAUGUGAAGUGAUAAAAUCCGUUUUUCAUUACUAAUCUUUACAUUUGCUGGAUAUUUUACAAUGUACAUAUUCAAUCUUAUAUCUUCUUGGCUGUGCCUUUUGGCAUUGCGGAAUUGAGUGAAUAUCAAUGUGAGAUCAAAGUCUGAUUUUCCAUUUAUAACUCCCUAAACAUGGAAGAACCUUUUGUGUCUUGAAAAUUCUCUUACAAACUUUUACUUUGAGCUGUGUAGAGUUGACACCCAGGUGAUUUAACACUGAUUUUAAUGGCCCCAAAUUCAGUGCAUUGCACCCUCAAAGUUAACAUGUAUUCUGGUUGCAUUCGGAGACCCGCAGUCACUCUGUGUCUGAUUUACAGGCCGCAGCAUCAUUUGAAGAUGUUGAGAAAGUUGCUCCAGCCUAUCAAAGGACACGGCCAGUGGAAGUCGGUAGGUAAUUCCUCGGAGUCAUUGGGAAUUCCUGCUUUUAUUAAUUGGCUAAGUAGACAGGAUUCAAGCAUCUAAAAUUGAUGGAAAUAAGAAAAGUGGGGACCUCGUGUCGGGGCACAUCUAACACUUAUUUACUGAUAUUUGGCUUAAAAGAUGCACAUUUCUAGUUGCAAUCACUGUGGGUGCCUUUCUGCUCCGGUGUUGCGGUAUGUAUGAUGUCACAGAUUGUAAUUUGUAUGAGAACAGGCCAUGUUUGCCGCUCACUCUUUUUUGGUGGGAUGUCUGAACACAUCGACAUUUUCUUUUUCCUUGCACAUUCCAACACAGUUUGCUGUUUCACACACAGAGGGGAAUAAAGCCAGUAGCAUCCGAGCAAACUUCGAGAACCUGGCAAAGGACAAAGAGCAGGAAGACCGCAAGAAAGCAGAAGCAGAGAGAGCACAGAGGAUGGAACGAGAACGGCAAGAACAGGAACAGGCAAGGAAGAAUUUGGAGGUCAGUGCACCUUGGAUGGUUCUUACCAAAUUACACCUGGAGAAAUUUUUAAGAAAAUGAAUACAUUUAGAGCAAUCGCCACGGGAAUGGAAACAGUACUACUUCCCAGCUGCACCAGUUCUCCCAUGAUAAACAUAGUGUGGGUUUGUGCUAGAUCUCUCUCUCCUGGCAGCAGCACUUAAUGACAGACCUUUGCCCCACCAACAAGAAGAUAAAAGACCUACAGUGCUAAUAUCAGUGUAUUUAUUUAAAAAUAAAAAAUGUUUAAAAAAAAAUAAAAACAUGUAUCUGUUUUUAUAUAUUUUAAGGAACAAGAGAAAGCUAAGCCUGUGACUCCUGCAUCUCCUCCAAGACCUCGCCAUGUGGUAGAAGAGCCCCCGGAAAGCCCUGUGUAUGAGGUUCGUAUUGAAUCAAAGGAAAGGGCCCUGCGUUCUGCGUGCUCUAAUGGCCUUAUUGAAACGUACCGAGUGAAAAUAGUACUUCCUAUAACUAAUAAUUAUUCACAUUACAUGGCAGACUUAUUACAGUUUGUUAUAGUGAAUUUUUGCACAAUCUUGAUAACGAUCUGUAAAAGUUUGCUCUUUUUUAUUAUUACUAUUUUUUUUACAUUACAUUUUUGUUUCCUGUCUCACUACACACUCCAAUAAAAAUGCCAGUUACACAGAAACAUAGAAUGUGACGACAGAUAAGAACCAUUCGGCCCAUCUAGUCUGCCCAAUUUUCUAAAUACUUUCAUUAGUCUCUAGCCUUAUCUUAUAGUUAGGAUAGCCUUAUGCCUAUUCCACGCAUGCUUAAACUCCUUUACUGUGUUAACCUCUACCACUUCAGCUGGAAGGCUAUUCCAUGCAUCCACUACCCUCUCAGUAAAGUAAUACUUCCUGAUAUUAUUUUUAAACCUUUGUCCCUCUAAUUUAAGACUAUGUCCUCUUGUUGUGGUAGUUUUUCUUCUUUUAAAUAUAGUCUCCUCCUUUACUGUGUUGAUUCCCUUUAUAUAUUUAAAUGUUUCUAUCAUAUCCCCCCUGUCUCGUCUUUCCUCCAAGCUAUACAUGUUAAGAUCCUUUAACCUUUCCUGGUAAGUUUUAUCCCGCAAUCCAUGAACCAGUUUAGUAGCCCUUCUCUGAACCCUCUCUAAGGUAUCAAUAUCCUUCUGAAGAUACGGUCUCCAGUACUGUGUACAAUACUCCAAGUGAGGUCUCACCAGUGUUCUGUACAAUGGCAUGAGCACUUCCCUCUUUCUACUGCUAAUACCUCUCCCUAUACAACCAAGCAUUCUGCUAGCAUUUCCUGCUGCUCUAUUACAUUGUCUGCCUACCUUUAAGUCAUCAGAAAUAAUCACCCCUAAAUCCCUUUCCUCAUAUGUUGAGGUUAGGACUCUAUCAAAUAUUCUGUACUCUGCCCUUGGGUUUUUACGUCCAAGAUGCAUUAUCUUGCACUUAUCCACAUUAAAUGUCAGUUGCCACAAUUCUGACCAUUUUUCUAGUAUGUGCAAAAAACUAGACUGUAUAUGCUAUACAGAAAUAGGGCGCCACUUAUCACCAAAUAUAAAUACUGGAUAUAGUUACCCUCCAGCGAGCAAAUGAGGAUAUUCACAUAAAAAAUAUAAAAAGAGAAAACAUCAUAGUGCAAACUUUUAAUUCAAAGUGAUAAAAAAUAUAUAAAUAAAAACACUCACAAACAGUGUGGCACAAUUGACAAAAUCAAUAUGUGCUAAAGUGCUGAUGCCUAUAAUAGGCUAAAUCUCCCGGUCUUAGCAGUCUGUGGACGUCUGUAUAGAAGCUGUAGCAAGGACAGAUAGAACAGUUCACCAUCAGCUGAUCCAAUUCCCCGGGUUUGCUCAACGCGUUUCGUCUGUUCUUAAUCAGACUUCCUCAGGAGCGAUCCAUAGUCUUCUCUAUCCGGCAUUUAAAUAUGCCGGGUGGCGUCCUUUCUGUGCAAUUGCGCAUGCGCGCGGGCACCGGCGUGAUGACAUACCAUUCGCCGGCGUCCGGCGCGCAUGUGCGUUCCACCGUGGAACGCAGGCAAAAAAACUUUAUUAAUCUAAGCAACACUGACAACACUGGAACUAAUGGAAAAACGAAACCAGUGUGUUCCGAUGCUAUUAUAUGUUAGAUGCACAUAUAGAGAAGAUUCUAAUGGAACAUAUAAUGUGAAUAUAUAUAAAAUAAAUAUAUAUAAAAUGAAUAUAGAUACAAUUUAGAGAGAAGAAAAAGAAACAAGAAAAAAGAAAUGUGUGUGUGUGUAUAUAUAUAUAUAUAUAUAUGUGUGCAUAUAUGCAUGUAGUGGUAAUAUGUGAAUCCAACAUAUUACAUUAAAUCAAGAUCAUUUCAAUUCACAUAUAUAUAACAGUAUUAAUGGUAAUAUAUAAAUAUUUGAAACUAACGUAGUUUAGACAGGACAUUAUUUUAAACAGGGCAUAAUUUCAAACAGGACAUAGUUUUGAACAGGACCUAAUUUUACAAGGGCAUGAUUAUAAAAAUACAUAAUUAUAAGAACAUCAUUAUAAAAUUACAUAAUUCUAAACAGUUCUAAAUUAAUAUGACUCUCUAAAGCAACAAAUAUCUAUUGAAAAUAUUAGAAUUUUAAAAAAGACUUUAAUUUAAAAAUGCUAACAAGUAUUCAAAUAACUCAAUUAAGGACGGAUAUAAAAUAGAAGGAAAGGAACAAAAGAGAGGGGAAACAAAGUUAGUAAUUUUUCAAUCAAUCAUAUAAUCAGUUAUUCGAUUUUAUACUGAUAUACAAAUAAAAUAUAAAAUAUAAACCGAUGUGACAUUAAAAUCAGUGUAAAAUGUGUCAUCUUGGUGGAAUUAGUCCAUAAACUAAUUCAGUGUAAAAUGUGUCAUCUUGGUGGAAUUAGUCCAUAGUUUAUGGACUAAUUCCACCAAGAUGAACAUUUUACACUGAUUUUAAUGUCACAUCGGUUUAUAUUUUAUAUUUGAUAUAUAAUUUUGUAAAUUAUAUUAACUAUACUUAUUUGUAAUGUUUCUAGACUGUACCGCUGUGCUGCCUCCAUAGCUGUAAGGACUGUAUAUACGGAGAGCAGGUGUGACUGCCUCUAUAUGACAUGUUUUCAUUGCAUGACUCCUACUGUGUGCCCGCAGGCUAGGAAUUGUCAUAUGUCGUGUCACUUGGGGUGGGCAGGCUGCUAAAAUUUGCUCAAAGUUUUCACUCACCCCUGGAAUGUAACACAUUUGUUUUGGCAAGCAGAAAUUAACCCCUGUUGAGUGUGCCAUGCACACUCCAGGCUUGCAGUGGCAAGUACUUUUAAGGAAUGGCAAGUAGCGUAGGCUUGAAAUUCUAAGCCCUGAUCUAACCUGUAACUUUGCUAGGUGUCUUUAGCUCAAUGUAUGAUUACACUAAUGUGUACCUGAACGUGAUCUUGCCGUACAAUUUGUGGCUGACAUCUUCACUUUAAGAAGCUUUGAGAAUUAAUAUUUGCACUAAUGGCAAUAAUGAGCAAUGCAGACUGGGCCGUGCUGAGUAACUACAUCGUGUUAUUGGACUGUAUUCCGAAGCAGAAGCUGGAUGUGGGUAACAGAAUGUUGCUACGGAAUGUCUACUGCUUCUCUCUAGAUCCAGUGAGAUUGGUGGAAUCCCAUGUGAAAGGCUGCAGUGUGUAGUUUUCUUUUGUAACCAUGCAACCAAGUGAAGUUUCUUUCCCCAUCCUUUAGAGGGAGUAUAGUUUACAGAAAUCUGCAGAUAACUAGUGACAGUAAGUGUUGGCUUGCUGUGAUCAGAUACUUGUUCUUUGUGCAGGAUGCGACUCCAGUUUAUGAAAAGAAGCCUGAAAGCCCUCCUCGGGCCUCCGAGCCCAUGUACACGGAGGAGGCUACGUACCAGGAUGCCAUGAGCCAAGGAAAGGAUGUUCAUGAUGCGGAGGCAGUGUAUGAAACCACAGAUGAUUACCAGGAUGGUAAGGGAAGCAAUACUUUUUAAAACCUACAGCACGUGCAGAGCGCAGUGUUAGUAACUGAUCUAUGCAUUUUCUCUUCUUAUUGUAGUGGAAAAUACUUAUGCUGAGUAUGAAGGAGAUUUGGGGACUACAGCUAUUGCCCUCUACGACUAUCAAGCAGGUUGGUGUAAUCAGGAUUUGUGACUCUGUUCUUUUUUUUUUUUAAACUUGGAGGUGUGAAAGUGCACAGUCCGCACACAAUUCUUUGACUUCUGUUGUACUGUCAUUCAGUCAAAAUAUCCUGUCUUUCUCUCCCCUAGCUGGUGAUGACGAGAUCUCCUUUGACCCCGAUGACAUUAUCACAAAUAUCGAAAUGAUCGAUGAUGGUUGGUGGAGAGGCCUCUGCAAGGAACGUUAUGGGUUGUUCCCAGCGAAUUACGUGGAACUUCGCCAGUAAAACCAGUUCUUUAGUCUAACUGCACUCUCUCAUAGCAAAGAAGGCUUCAGCAGCCUGCCAGUCUGGCUAACACCAUACCUUGUGGUUCUUUGCAGUGCCGGGACAUGUGCCAUCUUGUGCAGAGAUGGCCAUAACACUCUUUCUUUUGAGUUUUGCCGUAAUCAACUGUGCUGGAUUCUUACCUUACAAAUCAUGUUAUCUUUAUUUUGUUUGUUUUUUCUUUUUCGGAGUGGGAGCAGUAUUUUUUCUUCUUUUUUAUAUUAAGAAAUCUUAUGUCAAGCUUUUACAGUGCAGUUUUUCCUGCCUUACGAGUACCUGAGUGAUGUGGAUCAUGAAUGCAAUGCACAUCCCUCUGGUCCUUUAACUGCUGGUGCUGGAUGUGCCUCCUAUGCAUUGGUAAUUGGGUUAAGGUUGAAUAUGUGCCUCAUGCUGUUUGGGUGGCUUCACACCCCAUGGCUCAGAUUUUUAAGCUUUACAAACCCUGUGUGCAAGAAUAGAGGCUACCUUUAUUCCAGUCCUAAAGUUUACAUUCAGUGCUUUUCGUCUGCAGCAAACUGGUCUUAACGUUUGUGUUCCUACGUGAUUAACAUGCUAUCGUAGUCUGCUAUAGUACACGCUACAAAUAUUACGUUCUGCUGGCUAAGUCAUGCUUUCACUAGCUGAACUUAGUGUGUCCGCUCUGUCUAUGGGGAUUUGCAGGUAUUGGCUUCCUUGGAUUAGCACCUCUAAGUGAACAAUACUGCAAAUAUUUAGGUAUGUCAUUCUGGAGGAGAUUUCUGGGGCUUUCUGGGACUUUUUAAUGAAAAUAAAUAAAAUGUGGUAGACGGCGUGUGCUCAUAAUAGAAUUCUUGUGAAAAAAAUACAUCAUUUUACGUUAGUGCCAUGCUUUUCCUCUGCUCCAACACAGUGAGAAUUCUCUAAUUUUACGGAUGUUCAAACAGCUCCUUCACUUCGUAUCUAUCUUCUCGUCGAUCCUUUCAGUGUUACCAAAAAUGCCAUAAAAACAAAAUACACAGACUGCACUGCUUCCAAAACCUGAUUCAUCUGCUUUUAAAAAUCUAUUGAGUAGGAAAAAGGUCAUUGCUAAGGGUCAAAUACUGUUUUUAACAUGAAUUCUUAUACAUUUAGCAUUUUUUUUUCCAGCGGUUCCGUUGCAUUUAUUAAAUAGACAUUGAGAUUUUGCUACAAUUCCUGAAAGAUUAGCUCAGUCUAUUCUUCACUACAAGCAGUCCAGGAUUUUGCUAUAAUCCACCUCAAUCGAUAUAUUUUGGUCCAGGUAAAUGACAUCCCUCCUACUAUAUGGUUUAUAUAUAAAAGUUCUGGACCAUUUAAUAGUCUGAAACCAGAAGGUGUAAGUGUGGCAUACAUUUCCCAUGUUGCACCACACCUGUGAGUUAUUAUGGGUAAUGUCUUUACAUGCAAUGUCCUGUUUUAGUUGUCAUUGAUGUAGAGCCUGCAUCGCAAGCAUUUGUCAUUCCAGAUAUUAUUUGAACUUGAAACCCCAAUAUCCUCAGCAUUCUUUUUAACCAGGAAACGCCAACAAAUAACUCUUCAGUUGCUGGACUCUGUGCUGUUCUUAGAAUGACCUGAGCAGGAUGUUGGGAUUUUAGAAAUGAUCCGUUGACUGCGCCUUCUAUACUGUAUGGGUUUAGACGUUGCCUGCUCCUGGUGUAAAAGAUGUGAUGAGCCCCCGUAGCAGUGUAACACAAGCUGGGUGGGUUUUUAUGCGGUUUCUUUGAUCCGGGUUUUGCAUACAGCAUUUCAUGGAUGAUCUAUAGUUUUGUAAAUGAAGCUUCAAUAAAGGUUUUUUUGUUUUGUUCUUUUUUUCCCAUCUAACUGUGAUUGCAUUUUUUUUUUUCUGAUUCUAUGCUGGGGCUGAAGGGGAAAAUAAAAAAAGGUAAAACACAGCUCUUGUUUGGUAAACACCCGUGUAGGGUCUUAGCACGAAGGGAUAAGACCUUCUCGGACAGUCCUAGUCCACACCUGCUGGUGAAAAUGUAAUGGAAAACAGGAAUGCAGGGAAACUGGACGGUUGGGUCCUUCACGAACUCCUCUACCAGACAAUGUCAAUGUGUAUGUGAACAUGAUGAGCUCUGUGUGUACAUUAGGCAUCAAAUCACAUCCCAGGAUCCUAAAAGAGAUGCACUUCUUACACUUACAUAACUAUUGAUGCAUUUGGAGCCUUUACUGAGGUUUUACGAUGUACAGUUUUCUAGGAGACAAAUCACUUGUAAUAUGCUGUUGC